AUGAGCGUCACCGAAUCCAGCCCUUCCAUCAAGGACUCGAUUAACGUCGAUGUCCCAGGCAUACACUCUUCGAAUCACAUCAGCCUAGAUGUUCCUGCGAUUGAAGAAACUGGACGACCCGCACCGGUCAAGUUCAUGUCUGCACCGGCAUAUCACUCUCCACUUCGACAUCACAAGCGAGCCGCUUCUUCAACCAGACGAGUAAAGGAAACCCUGAAUGCUCGAUCCGAGUACAGCAAUAGCGAAGAUGACGGGACUGCUCAGCACCGCAUCAACCAAUACUUGAUCAAGCAAGAAAUUGGACGUGGAUCUUUUGGAGCAGUCCAUCUUGCCGUGGACCAAUAUGGCCAAGAAUAUGCUGUCAAAGAAUUCUCCAAGUCGCGCCUGCGAAAACGGGCACAGUCGAAUCUUCUCCGCCGUCCAAGUGCCCGAAGACGACGACAUGCCGGUGCAUUGGGUGCAGGUCUUGGUUUCAACUCUCCGCUCCACCGACAUUCGUCGUCCGACGAGAACAACUCGCUCGAUCUGAUCAAAGAGGAGAUUGCCAUCAUGAAGAAGCUCAACCACCCAAAUCUCGUCUCUCUCAUCGAAGUGCUCGAUGACCCAGAAGAGGAUUCGCUGUACAUGGUCAUGGAAAUGUGCAAAAAGGGCGUAGUGAUGCGGGUAGGUCUAGACGAGCGGGCAGAUCCCUACGACGAGGAGCAGUGUCGUUGUUGGUUCCGAGACAUGAUUUUAGGCAUUGAAUAUCUUCACGCGCAAGGAAUCAUACAUCGCGACAUUAAGCCCGACAAUUGUCUGGUCACAGCCGAUGACGUACUCAAGAUCGUUGAUUUUGGUGUAUCAGAAAUGUUCGACAAAGAAGGCGAGAUGAGAACUGCCAAAUCUGCGGGAUCGCCGGCCUUCAUGCCGCCCGAGCUCUGCGUGCCCAAACAUGGCCAUGUGUCAGGCAAAGCAGCCGAUAUUUGGUCCAUGGGUGUCACACUCUACUGCUUACUGUUUGGCCGAAUACCGUUCGAGAAGCACGGAAUGAUUGAGCUGUAUCAAUCCAUACGAAACGACACGCUAGAGUUCGAUAUCGAAUGCGGGGAUAAAGUUCGAGACCUGCUAUCGAAACUUCUGGACAAGGACCCUAGCAAAAGGAUAACCAUGGAGGCCCUUCGCGCACAUCCCUGGGUAACCAGGGACGGAACAGAUGAGCUUCUGUCGACCUCGGAGAACGUAGCUAUAAUCGUGGAACCGCCCACCGACGAAGAGGUGAAUGCCGCUAUUACAGGGAACAUGGGCCAUUUGGUGACAGUUGUACGGGCCGUCAAGCGCUUCAAGCAGCUUCUCUUUCGGAAGCGACCCGAGAAGAUGGAGGGUAUUCUAGGGGGUGCAUCCCGCAUUGUACAGCCCCCACUAUCGAUACGACCAUCGGGACUGAGGAAGUCCAGAUCGCAAGAUACCGAUAACCGCCGACCAAUCGAGACCGCUCUGACGACUGAAGGUAUCCACCGCGAGAUCAAAAUCGACAACAACAUCCACCGCGUGCCCGAGAGCAUAAACGAAAUGGCCUCUGCGAAACCGGGUCUCAGAUCUGAAGUCGUCGGCUCCAUUCUUCCAAGCAAGGCAUCAAUAACCAGCAGUCCGAUAUCCCCGAAACCUGUUGCCUUAACCGACGCGAAGGUUAUACACGAGAGCAUGUCAUUUCGGCCCACCCCUUCACAACCAAUCCAAAUACCUUUCGUCUCCCAAUCCGCACCCGCAACCCCGACUAUUGGGAAAGGACAUGCUCAUGACCCCCUUGAGGAUACACUAUUCCUCAACAUCGGUACAGGAGAGGACUACCUCCCAUCAUCUGGGGAUGACACGCCUGUGGUUUCCGAAUCGCCUGGCGCUGUCGAUAUUGACGUCUAUGAAACCGCUUAUCAAGAGGAAAUCAACCGAAUCAUGGAGAAGCGAAAGCAAGACGGUCGCCCACCCACGAUGUACCUCACUAGGCGUGUUGAAAAUACUACAAGUUUACGUGACAGCGAUUUGAUCGUCGAUUCCGGCCGCACGAGGGACGAGUUGAAGAGCAACCUGAAAGCGCUAGGCAAGCGCGCGAAGAAAGGCUUCGAUGACCGUGCUGAGCUCCAGAGGUUGGAAGGCAAGGAAGAUCUUCUUAGCAGAGGCUGGCGAAACGUUCGCGAAUUCAAAGAUAUGGUCGAUGAAGCACGAGAGAUCGUCCGCGAAGAGGAGAGAAGCCGGAGCAGCACACCUGUCGGCAAAGCGUCGAGCAGAAGCGGGACGCCCGUUGCCGAGAAGAGUCGAGGAUUGGGGCUAUGACCGCAUGGGUUUCUCGAUCCGCAAAUAUCAACAGCGUCCAUUUAAUACGACGCCACGCGAAGAGCUGGAGCAUCUCGCUGGUUAUCUUCAGGGCAUGGUAAAACGACACUUGGAGAC